UCUCCCUCCUACUCCCUCCCUUGUCCUUCAUGGCCUCAUCCUCUCCCAGGUCCUCACAGGUGAGUGCCCACGCCUGCUGUUACCAUGACGACCGUUUACCACCAGCAGAUGCUGCAGGAGCAUGUGUCCAUGGAGUUCUCCAGCUCCUCCACCCACAUGCAGACCUUCUCCCAGACAACCAAGAUCGUGGGAGAGGAAGUCGUGACGAGCAAGUCCUCGAGCACAGUGGAGUUCUUCAGCUUGGUGACCCGGAGUUCCAACAUCCCUGCAGGCGAGACCGCCCCUGAGUUCGUGGAGAAACCUCACCCGGUGGCCGCGCCUGAGGGGGAUAAAGCCGUGUUCCGAGCUCGGGUGCAGGGAAACCCCAAACCCAACGUCUCCUGGAAGAGAGAGAGCGGCAUUCCCAUCAAGGAGUCCGCCAAAAUAUUCUACGACAGCAUUAACAAGGAGCACGUGCUGAAGGUACGGGGACCGCGCGGGAAGUCCAUCUACUGAGAGGCCGGAAGCAGGGACCCCCGGGCCGGCCGCCAGUCCUCCCAAGACCAGACGGCCACUUCGGAGACCCGAGAACUGGGCGGUGGGGAAAGAAUCUGUCAUCGCUCGAGAGGCUCAGCAGGAAUCCCCAUCAAGUUUGUAAGCACCCUCAAAAAUGUACAUGUGAAAGAGAAGAGCCGAGCAUGCCUGGAAUGUGAGCUGACAUCCAAGUAUGUGACCCUGCGCUGGAAGAAGGAUGGACAGCUGCUGGCACAUGGCACUAAGUACAGCAUGAGCCACGAGGGCAAGCGAGCAUAGCUGGUUAUUGAGGAUGCACAGCUCAGUGACGAUGGUGAGUACACUGUUGUGGCCAUGCAGGAUGGGGACCCCACUGAAUACUACAGUACUGCCACUGUCACUGUAGAUGAGCGUCUGGCCACAGUGAAGAGUGGGAUGUCUGACAUACACACAGCCACGGGGAGCCCAUCGGAGUUGUGUGUAGUGCUGAAUGACGAGAAGGUGGAGGGUGUGUGGCUGAAAGAUGGCAAGGAGAUUACGAACUUGCCGGGUGUGCAGAUCGUGAAGCAGGGUACAGUGCACAAGCUCAUCUUCCCCAAUACUGGCCCUGAACACAAGGGCAAGUACACGUUCCAGGCCAGGGGUGCAGAGAGUGAAGCCUCUCUGUUCAUUGCAGAUCCUCCUGCCAUUGACCCAUCUAUACUUGAGGCACUGGCAGCACACCCAGUGACUGUGAAGGUAGGCCACACAGCACACAUCAAGGUGCCUUACCGAGCAAAGCCACUGCCCAAAGUGACAUGGUACAAAGACGGCAUGGAAGUGAUCGAAGAGGAGCGUGUGUCCAUGGAGCGCGGGGAAGACCAAGCUCUACUCACUAUCUCAAAGUGUGUGCGUGAAGACAGUGGUCUAGUCUUGCGCAAGCUCAAGAAUGACCAUGGCUCAGCCACAGCCACUCUACACCUUAAUGUGCUGGACCGUCCCAAGCCUCCACAGGGCAAGGUGGAGUUCCUGGAGCUCUCAGGUAGUUGUGUGCACAUAAAGUGGAAGGCUCCAAAGGACAACGGUGGGCGCCCUGUGACACAGUUCAUUGUGGAACGGAGGGCAGUUGGCAAGAAGUCCUGGAUUAAGAUAGGCAAGGUGGAUGGCAAAGUCACCAACUUCUCUACCAACAAGGUGGAAGAGGGAAAAGCCUACCAGUUCCGUAUCCUGGCAGUCAAUUCAGAAGGCGUGAGCGACCCGCUGGAGACUGAUGAAGUGUUUGCAGGAAAUCCCAUAGAGCCGCCCGGUCUUGCCUCCUAGCCUCAAGUUAGUGAUGUGACCAAAGAGGCUGUGACUAUCACAUGGAAUGCCCCUACCCAGGAUGGGGGAGCUCCAGUGCUCGGCUACAUUGUAGAGCGGAGAAGGAAAGGCAGUAAUUUGUGGGUGCCAGUCAACAAGGACCCCAUCCAAGGCACCAAGCACACUGUGGAUGGUCUCCUGGAGGACACAGAAUAUGAAUUCCGAGUUAUAGCUAUAAAUAAGGCAGGCCCUGGACAUCCCAGUAUGCCAUCCAGCUCAGUAGUGGCCAAGGAUCCUGUUAAGCCCCCAGGCCUGGUGCAGGGCCUGCAUGUAUCUGAUUCCUCCAACUCCAGCAUUUCCCUGGCCUGGCGGGAGCCUGCAGAGGGUGACCCACCCUCUGGCUACAUCCUUGAGAUGCGGGCUGAAGACACCAAGGAGUGGUCCAAGUGUACAAAGAUCCCCAUCUCAGGCACCUGCUACACCGUGGGAGGCCUCACUGAGAGGCAGAAAUACUUCUUCCGAAUCCGGGCUGUGAACGAGGCUGGGGUUGGGGAGCCUGUGGAGCUAGACAAGGGGGUCUGUGCCAUGCCACCACCAGCUGCACCCAAGUUUGACCUCAGUGCCCGGCUGAAGAGUCACAUGGUGGUUCGUGCUGGGACAGCCCUCUGCAUCCACGCAGCCUUCUCUGGCUCACCACCACCCAAUGUGAUAUGGCAGAAAGAUGGCAUCCCCACUAAGGGUCGAGAAACCAUCACCAAGGGCAAAAACCACUCCCAGUUCCUCAUUAAUAGCACCAAGCGCUCUGACUCAGGGGUGUACCGGAUCUUGCUCCAGAAUGAGUUUGGAGAGGCAUUCUACGACAUCCAUGUGCGUGUGGCAGAUUUCCCCCGGCCCCCCACAAACUUACAGCUGUUUGAGGAGGUCCCCAACACUGUGACUUUGACCUGGAACCACAGCCCUGAUGUGCAGGAGGACGGGGAGGCCCACUAUGUCAUCAUGAAGCGGGAUGCAAGCACCACCACCUGGUACACGGCAGCCGAGCGCGUCUUCAGCAACAAGUACACAGUCACUGGGCUGCUCCCAGGCAGGAAGUACUACUUUAGAGUGGUGGCUCGGAAUGAUAUCGGUGACAGGGACCCACUCGACUCCAGGGACACCUGGCUUGUCAAUAAGGACAAGAUUGAGGACAUGAGCGCCAAGCUGAAGCCCUACGAGCAGAAGGACUGGCGCCACGCACCCCGCUUCCUGACCCCCCUCAAGCCGCACACCGUGCUCCGUGGCCAGGACUGCACUAUAACCUGCGCCUUCCUUGGUAACCCGCGUCCCACAGUGACCCUUUACAAAGGCAACGUCAACAUCACGGCCAACUCCAAGUUCUGGUACAACUCCACCAGUGGCGUGUGCACCCUCGUCAUCCCCACCUGCACGCUCAAGGACACCGGCGAGUACAGCGUGCUGGUGGAGAAUGAGUUGGGCAACCGCAGCAGCUGUACGUACGCUCACGACAAAGAUGACAAGUCAAUUCUAGCAUCCCUCACUGAGAAUCUGCAGAAGAAAUCAAAGCACCUUAUGUGAGCUCUAGCCCAGGCACCAGGGGGCUGUUGUGAUGUGAGGCUUCUUGGCCUGUCCUCUGAAUGCCCAGUGUAGGCAUCCCAAGUUGCUCUCUGGUGCUUGUCAGUGCAAACAUUCAGUGAAGAGAGGGGACAAUAAACUAGAAUCCUCCUUUCUUGUUCCUGAGAGUGGUAUACAGCAGGAACCAAGAAGAUAGACAUGGG